GGGAUACAGAAAAAAAAAAAAUGUAACCAAAAAGCUAUUGACUUAUGGGCAAUACAUUCACUAAAAUCAAGGUUCUAUUCAUUGGAUACCACCAUUUUUUUUUUUUCCUGUUUUAUUUUCUUUUCAGGCUAACUGCCAUAACUGUGAUUCCCAUGCCAACAAAACAUAAAACUACACUAUUCAUCACUGUCUCUAGACUCUUUUUCAACAAAAAGGAAUUAAAAAGAACAAGACCCUUUUUUUUUUUUUUUUCCAAUUUAAUAAUUCCACUUUUUCUAGCAAAUUCCAUUUUUUUUCCCAUGGUUUAUAGAGCAUGUAAUUAUUUAUAUAUAAGUGUCAAACUUCGAUCUUUUCUUGGAGCAUAUUUAGAGCAUAUUCUUUAGUUUGUUAGAACCAAAUUUUCUUCCUUUCAUAAAUAUAGAAUCUAUCUUCUUUGUUUAAGCUUGUUUACUAUAGUUAUAUCAGCCGUUUUGAUUUUAUUGGGCUUAUUGUGCUAAAGUUUUAAUGUUUAUCUAUACUUCUGUGUACCCUUUUGGUAUCUUGAGGUUUUAAACCUGGAAUUUGGUCAAUUGGAGCAUGCAAAUUCUUGAAUGAUUAAGAAGUAUUUUGGAGUUAUUGUGCUAAAGUUUUAAUCUUUAUCUAUACUUCUGUUAACCCUUUUGGUUUCUUGAAAGUUUUUAAUCUUGAAUUUGGUAAAUUGGGGCAUGCAAAAUUAUUGAAUGAUUAUGAAGUAUUUUGGGCUUAUUGUGCUAAAGUUUUAAUCUUUAUCUAUACUUCUGUGAAUCCUUUAGGUUUCUUGGAAAUUUUCACCUGGAAUUUGGUUAAUUGGGGCAUCCAGAUUCUUGAAUUUAUUAAGUUUCUGGGGUUAUUAUCUAUACUUCUGUGAACCCUUUUGGUUUCUUGAGAUUUUUAACAAGGAGUUUGGUUAAUUGGGGCAUGCAAGUUGUUGAACAAUUAUGAAGUGUUCUGGUUUUGUUGUUGUGUCAAUCUUGGUUUGGUUUUUGGUUUUUGUUAGCCUUGUUGAGGUUAAUAAAUGUCAAAUUCCAACCACACUUGAUGGACCUUUCAAGCCAGUGACUAUCCCUUUGGAUCAAAGUUUUAGAGGACAUGCUGUUGAUUUACCAGAUACUGACCCUAGAGUUCAAAGGACUGUUAAAGGAUUUGAGCCUGAGCAGAUAUCUGUAUCACUUUCCUCUACUUAUGACUCUGUUUGGAUUUCUUGGAUUACAGGAGAAUAUCAAAUUGGUGACAACAUUAAACCAUUGGAUCCAAGUAAAGUUGGCAGCUUUGUUCAAUAUGGGAAAGAUAAAUCCUCGUUAAGACACAAAGUAAUUGGCCAGUCCCUUAUUUAUAAUCAACUUUAUCCAUUUGAAGGACUUCAGAACUACUCUUCUGGAAUCAUACACCAUGUCCAACUUACAGGGUUGAAACCAGACACAUUAUACUAUUAUCGAUGUGGAGAUCCUUCUAUAGCAGCUAUGAGUACUAUCUAUCAUUUCAAGACGAUGCCUAUUUCUUCUCCAAAGAGCUAUCCAAAGAGAAUAGCGAUUGUAGGGGACCUUGGUCUUACAUACAAUACCACUUCAACGAUUAGCCAUUUGAUGGGGAACAAGCCGGAUCUUGUUCUAUUGGUGGGAGAUGUUACUUAUGCUAACUUGUAUCUCUCAAAUGGAACUGGUGCAGAUUGCUAUUCGUGCUCAUUUAACAACACUCCGAUACAUGAGACCUAUCAGCCUCGGUGGGACUAUUGGGGAAGAUAUAUGCAGCCGCUGGUGUCCAAAAUUCCCAUCAUGGUGGUGGAGGGGAACCAUGAGAUAGAAGAACAAGCCGAAAAUCAGACAUUUGCAGCCUAUCGUUCUCGCUUUGCAUUCCCAUCAAAAGAAAGCGGAUCAUCAUCCCCGUUUUACUAUUCUUUUAAUGCGGGAGGCAUACACUUCAUCAUGCUCGGGGGAUAUGUCGCCUAUAAUAAAUCAGAUGAUCAGUACAAGUGGUUGGAGAAGGACCUGUCUAACGUUGACAGGUCAGUUACUCCGUGGCUGGUUGUCACUUGGCAUCCACCUUGGUACUCUACUUACACGGCACACUAUCGAGAAGCUGAAUGUAUGAAGGUAGCGAUGGAAGAGUUGCUGUACGAGUAUGGUGUCGAUUUAGUCUUCAAUGGACAUGUUCAUGCCUAUGAAAGGUCAAACAGAGUCUAUAACUACACACUGGAUCCUUGCGGCCCAGUCCAUAUAACUGUCGGUGAUGGUGGAAACCGUGAGAAGAUGGCGAUUGAACAUGCUGAUGAGCCAGGCAGAUGUCCUAAACCAGCUAACACGCCAGACAAAUUUAUGGGUGGAUACUGUGCCCGUAAUUUUACGUCAGGUCCAGCAGCCGGCAACUUCUGCUGGGAUCAACAACCUGAAUAUAGUGCAUAUCGAGAAAGUAUUGGCCAUGGAAUACUAGAGGUGAAAAAUGAGACACAUGCUCUAUGGACAUGGCAUAGGAACCAGGAUAUGUACAAUAAAGCUGGAGAUAUAAUUUACAUAGUGAGGCAACCUGAGAAAUGUCCUGUCAAACCAAAGGUUAUUUCUUAAAUGGAAAUUAUGUACCUUCCGUGGAGAAAUCAAAUACAGAAGCAGAUGAUGGGAGACAAAGUCAAACGUGAUUAGAGACACUGUAGCAGUUUUGCAGCUUAUUAAUCAUAAAUAAUGAAAUAUAAAGAAAAUUUAGAAAUUUAUAGCUAUAUUUCCAUUCAAAUAUAAAUUGAUACUCAUUUUAGAAAGAAAAAAAAAAUCUUGUUGGAUGUCUCUACGUUAUAGUUAUUCUCUUAUUAAUAACUAUCAGCUCUUUAAUAA